AUGUCAACCAAUAUGCAACAUCAAGACAACAUAAAACCAACCAUACCUAACAUGGUUAUCAUAAAUACCGUAAAUCAUCUUGUUGAUAGAAUCAACAUUCUAUCAGAUCAAGUGAACACAUGUAUGAAGAUCAGUAAUCAAUUUAUAAAUCAUUCAUUUAAAUCAAUCAACAUCACUAAUACGCAUGCAACAUAUGCGCAUAAGCAGAGUGUUAUAUACAUUGUCAGAAAGUUGUUACGCUUAAAACAAUCAAACCAAAAUAUUAUCAAAUCAUUACUACGUUAUGAAUGUUGUAUGGAAAAAUCGAUUUUCGAUAUAUGCCAGGAAAUCAAAAGAAGUAAUCAAACCGAAACUGCAAGAGUUAGUUCAAGAGGGUCUAAAAAUGUUGAUACUGUUCAACAAGUUGUACAAGCUGAAUGUCAAUUGUUAAAAAAUCUUAAAUGUUCACUGGAAUCGAAACUACAGCUACUAUUCAAUGCACUUAAAAAUGUAAAGUGUAUUCAAUGCAAACUUGAUCAAUGGAUAACUGAACAUGAACGAAAUAUAAAACAUUUCAAUAAAUGUGACGAAACUCUCCUAGAAUCAAUAACAAUAGAUCAUCAAGCUGAAUUACGGAAUGAAAAUUAUGCAACAUCAAUGAGUUUAGAAAACAUUUCGAAAAUUAUAGAUUCGACAUUAUCUCAUGUUAAUACAUUACAGUUGGAUUUAACCAUUAUGUUUGGAAAAAUUCAACAAGCUAUAAAUGGUACCAGAAAUUCAGUAUUUUAUGCUUUAACUGACGAAUGUACAUUUCUUACACAACAAAUGCACCGAUUGUUUCUUUCCAGUUUGAAGCAUAAAAUGGCGCAUAAUCAAAAUUUAAAAAUGAUGAAUAAGAUUAUGAGUAAGGCAUCAAACAAGUCAAAUAAGAAACUCAUGCAAAAAUUAUUACAAAAUGAUGAACAACUACAGACUGUUAGAAGCGAAAUCAAUACGCAAUAUAAUCGAUUUAAUCAGUAUUUGAAAGCUGAUCUCAAUACCAUAAGAACUCGACAUAAAUAUCAAAGCGAACAAUUACUUCCAUUAAAUAAUAUUUCUUUGAGUCCAAUCAUUACUAAAGUUAAUCUUGAACGAAAUAGAUUAUGA